AUGCGGGGUCUGACGCGGGCGGGGAAGCGCGCCAGUGAUAUGGCCUUCAACGCCGGCGGCGGAGCCAUCAACUGGUUCCCCGGCCACAUGGCUGCCGCCUCACGCGCCAUCCGCGACCGCCUCAAGCUCGCCGACCUCGUCAUCGAGGUCCGCGACGCCCGCAUUCCGUUAUCCUCAGCAAACGAAGACCUUCAGCCGGUGCUUUCAGCUAAGAGGCGUAUCCUUGCUCUAAACAAGAAAGAUCUAGCGAAUCCCAAUAUAAUGAAUAUGUGGCUUGAUCAUUUUCAAUCAUCUAAGCAAGAUUGCAUCUCAUUAAAUGCACAUAGCAGCAACUCUAUUAAUCAGCUGCUUGGGCUUGUGGAGUUGAAACUAAGGGAAGCAAUCUUGAAAGAGCCCACACUUCUUGUUAUGGUAGUUGGUGUCCCCAAUGUUGGAAAGUCUGCACUCAUUAACUCCAUUCAUAGAAUUGCCAAUUCUAGAUUUCCAGUGAACGAUAAGAUGAAGCGGGCUAGAGUAGGACCUCUCCCUGGAGUUACACAAGACAUUGCAGGAUAUAAGAUUGCAAGCCAGCCGAGCAUUUACGUGCUUGAUACACCAGGUGUUCUAGUGCCAAGCAUUCCAGAUAUGGAAACAGGUCUAAAGCUUGCUCUGACAGGAGCUGUUAAAGAUUCGGUGGUAGGAGAGGAGCGUAUAGCCAAAUAUUUAUUAUCUCUUCUUAAUAUUAGAAAAACUCCUCUACAUUGGGAGCGAUUGCUACACAGAAGAGAAGAAUUUGAUGAAGAUCCAGAUGACAGUUGUGAAAAAGGGUCUAGAGGUUCACUGCGGAGGAGGCAGCGUUUUAACAAUUCCGAUGCCUUGUAUGUUCAGUCACAAUCUUCAAUUCACUGCUACCCGGGGCUAGCUUUAGGCAAAACUGCUAGCUAG